AUGCUACAGCUACCUGACCUGCGCAUCUUUGACAAUGUGCAACUUGUCCUCAGUGCUGCAGCUUGUUUUGGUGUUGUAGGAGUACUAGCUCGGGCUCACCGUCAUAAAACAGAGAGUUACCUUACUCUCCCACCUUCCCCUCCUACUCGCAGACUUUUGGAGCACUUCCUGCCAUAUCACCACCCGUCGAGGCUCACUAUAGCGGGUUGGAUUGACGAGUAUGGUCCUCUAAUCAAUAUUCAGUCAAUAUUUGAAAACAUCGUUAUUAUUGGCCGCUACAAGGCAGCCGUUGAUAUCAUGGAGAACCAGGGCAAAUUGACAGCCGAUCGCCCUCGCGUAAAUGCUGCUGGAAAAAUGCUCAACGGCGCAAUUAGUAUCGUGUUUGUACCCUUUGGGGACAAGUUCCGUCGGAUGCGUAGAGCACUUCAUUCACAUCUCCAGCCUAAAGCAGCUGAGGCCUAUCAACCUUUGCAGAUGUCACACGCGAAGAACACAGUUCUCGACAUUCUCGAUGAUCCAUACAACUAUCAUAACCAUGUGACAACUUAUGCCGCGACGACAAUCAUGAAAGUCGCAUAUGGAAAAAAUGCGCACACACCUGCGACAGACCCCGAAGUUCUUAAACUCAAUCAACGCAAUAAGAUGUCAAGUAUAGCCCUGCGUCCUGGCGCUUACCUGGUGGACUGGAUCCCGUGGCUUGAAUAUGUUCCCUGGUAUGGACGAGACUUAAGACAGGCAUUUGAGAACACCAAGAAACUCAACGUUGGUCGACUGAACUGCAUAAAAGAACAAAUGCAAAGAGACGAAGACAUCGGCCCUUCGUUCGCGAAAUAUAUGCUAGAGAAUAUCCAUCUCCAUGGUUUGACAGAGAUCGAAAUGGCCUUUCUUGCUGGCUCCUUUUUUGUAGCUGGAUCUGGUUCCGCAAAGGCUUCUAUGGCAAUUUGCACGGUACUGAUGGCAGCCGCAUGUUUUCCCGAGGAGCAAGCACUAGUUCAAGCUGAGCUCGAUGCAGUCAUCGGAAGGCACCGAGCGCCAACCUUCGCCGACCAAGAUUCUCUUCCUCGCCUGCAAGCAUUCAUCUCCGAGGCUUUGAGAUGGAGGCCUCCUUUGCCUAACGGUGCAUCACCUCACCGAACAACCCAUGACGUGAUUUGGCAAAACUAUCGUAUUCCAGCCGGGACCACAUUGUUCGCAGACUAUUGGUCUAUCUCCCGAGAUCCAGAUGUCUAUCCGGAGCCUGAUGUGUUCAAACCUCAGCGCUGGAUUGACGACCAAUAUCACCUAAGAACCGAUUUAAAUUUUUUUGUCUAUGGCUUUGGUCGACGCGUAUGCCCUGGUCAACACGUUGCGAACAGAUCGGUGUUCAUCAGCUCGCUUCUAACCAUGUGGGCCUUCCAACUCACUUUGAAUCCUACAAAGCCGUUGGAUGACACGGGAUUCAUGACCGUGGUUAUGCCAACUGUCCCACCAUGCCCAAUUGAGUUUAAGACGAGGAUUCCAGAAUUGGACCUCAGGCGCAUGAUGGAGCAUCAUCCUCAGGAUGCAUGAGACGCUUUGAUGCCUGGAUGGGUCGGGUCAGGGAGAGAACGAAGGACUAGUCACCAACGAAUGGCCAAUUGAACACAUUGGUGCAUCUCUCCAAGACUUGCAGUCUAAUUUGAUUUUGCCUUUCUUGAACCGUAUCUUAUCAUCAUCUUAAAUCUCAUCUUGAACAGGUCUCAUUCAGAUUAAGCAAGCGUAUGACAGC